CGAAGUGUUUUCACAGUUGUUUGAAGAUAUCAAGCUAAAACCAGCUAGAAACAGCAAAUCGAUCAGAACCGAAGGUACUUAACUGAUCGGAACUUUACCACCUUGGAUAAUGGAAGUAAGAAUUUCGCUAAUAGUUGUAAUAGCGGCCGUGAGUGGCUUCGUAACCUCUGCAAAUGGAAAGCCGAUUGCUUCAGUGUCGGUUGACCCUGAAUUACAACCUGCCAGAGAGUCAGAACUCUUGGAUUAUCUCAUUAAGUAUGGCUACCUCAGCAGCCCCAAUCACAGAAUCGGAAAAGUGACCACAAUGGAAGACUUCAGAGCGGCCGUUAAGAAAAUGCAGCGUUUUGCUGGUUACGAGGAGACUGGCGACAUCUCCGACCCUAGGACAUUAGCGCUUGUGAAACGAAAGAGAUGUGGAUUGGCAGACUUAGGACCGUCGGACAACGCGAAGAGAAAAAGGCGAUGGGCUCAUCAGGGAACAUCCUGGAAGAAAAACUUUCUUACUUACCGGCUCGAAAAUCAUACACCAGACAUCGCCAAAGAAGACGUAGACAAAACAAUUGCUAAAGCCAUUGAAAUGUGGUCGAACGCAAGCGGUCUAACAAUCAAGCGUGAAGACGACCCUGAGGCGACACCUGAUAUAAAAUUAAGUUUUGUGGAAGGUUUCCAUGGCGACACCCGGCCAGCCGAUGGGCCUGGGGGGGAGCUUGCUCAUGCGUUCUUUCCUCUGGGAGGAAAGGGAGAAGAAGAUCUCGCUGGCGAUGUUCAUUUUGAUGAUGAAGACAAGUUUGCUAUCAACGGUGGUGCUGGAGUCGACUUGCUGUGGCUCUCCGUGCAUGAACUGGGUCAUAGUCUAGGACUGGAUCACACUUAUCAUCCCGCAUCUGUCAUGUUUGCUUAUUAUCCGGGAUACGUGGAGAAGCUGAAACUAGACAGUGAUGACGUAGCUGGAAUCCAGGCUCUUUACGGUCUUCCAGAUGUGGUCGCGCCUCAACCAGACCCAACGCCUAAGACUUGCAGUGACGUCAAACCUGAUGCCAUGGUAACUACAGCUGAUAAGAAAACCUACGCCUUCAAUGGCCAACAUUUCUGGGAAAUCAGAGACACGGGUGGUGCCUCUGGCCCUCAUGAAAUCAAAGCUCAUUGGCCCGAUCUGGAAGAAAACAUCGAUGCAGCUUACACAGUGCAAGAACCCUUUGGACACACCAUUUUCCUCAAGGAUUCUAGAUUCUGGGUAUAUCGCAACAAAGAAUAUAUCCAUGGUCCGGCCCAAAUCUCGCAACUUAAUCUUCCCGAUGAGCUUGCCAAUGUGGACGCUGCAUUCCAGUGGGUACGAAAUGGAAAAAUCUACUUCUUUAAGGGCUCAAGAUACUGGAGAUUUAGCAGCACAUCUGGUAGUCUACAAAUGGAUGCUGGAUACCCCAGGGAUAUAUCUGUGUGGAGAGGGGUUCCCUACGAUAUCAAUGCGGUAUUCCAAUGGAAGAACGGCAGGUCAUAUUUCUUCAAAGGAAACAAAUACUACGCUUACGACGAUGCAAGAGUGCAGCUCCUGGAGGAUGAUGAGAACCCUUAUCCCAGAGAUGUAGCGUCUAACUGGAUGGGAUGUGUCCGACCGGAAGUCGCAAUUAGACCGGUGGGGGCUGCUUUUGGUCUGGUGCCAAAUGUACUCCUCUUCAUGGCAUCUUUACUCAUAACAUGGUUGUUUUAAGUCAAACGCCCUAGAAUUAAAUUAAAAAAAGAGACGAGCCUUAAUUUAAAAUUGAACUCUACUUUGGCACGCAUCGAAGUAAAGAUGGCAGAACUCAUGAAAGGAGUCAUAAAUAGAGGCAGAAAAUGAA